CCACCACUGCCCUGGGCAGCCUGUUCCAAUGCCUGACUGCCCUCUGGGGAAGGAAUUGUUCCUAAUAUCCAGUGUAAACCUCCCCUGGCCUGGGGGGCUCCGGGCGAGGCAGGGCCGAGGGGCUGUGCAGGACGUUGGAUGAAGGUGCUGUGUGCUGGGGGGUGUAGGAUGCGCCCCGCUGCGGAAGCCGAUGGGGCCGGGGCGGUGGAACGAGGCGGGCAGAAGGGGCCCGGGGCGGAGCGGGCGGUGCCGGCGCUCCGGUGAGGCGGGGGCCGCCGCAGUCCCCGCCCGCUCGCCGGGAGGAGCCGGGCGCCGCCGCAGCAAGAGCCUCCGCCGGGGCGCGCCGAGCGAUGCCGCGCCGGGCCCGGAGCCACGGGGACCCACCCGAGUGACAGAGGCUCAACAGCGUGAUGAGCUACUGGAAGAGGCAGUCCCGCCUGCCCCACCGUAUCUUCACGUGCAGCCUGGGAGCUGGGGUUUAGCCAGCGUGUGCCACCAGAAUGGCUGGGUCAGGAGCUAUGGGAGCAUUUCGGCUGGGAGUCCGUGGCUUUGGAACAAACCAGGCACAUAGCAUGGGAGAAGAGUCUGUGAUGCUUCCCACCUUCUUUCAGCCAUCCACAGCUGUUUGGGAGAGGGGGUCCCAAGAGUGGUGAUGGGGAACGCCAACAACUCCCUGAUGGCCCUGCCUAUUCCUCUGUGCAGGAUGGUUCCCCCACCACCUGUCAGCAAGCCCCACAUCUGCCUCUCCACGGUGCUCAUCAUGACCAGCCUCGUCCUCAUGGAUGCCUACCUAGUGGAGCAGAGCCAGGGCUCCAGGAAGCUGAGCAUCUGUGUCAUGGUGGCAGUGGGUGACGUGUGCUUCCUGCUGGUGCUCCGCUACGUGGCCAUCUGGGUUGGGGCAGAGGUAAAGACAGCCAAGAGAGGCUAUGCCAUGAUCCUCUGGUUCCUGUAUGUCUUCGUUCUGGAAAUCAAAGUCUACUUUGUAUACCAGAACUAUAAAGCUGACCGGAAAAGCCUGGACCUCAUAGCCCGCAAAGCGCUGACCUUGCUGCUCUCCAUCUGCAUCCCAGCCCUCUACAUGUUGUUGGUGGCCACAGAACACAUGGAGUACGUCAGGACAUUCAAGAAGAAGGAAGAUCUCCGCAACCGCCUCUUCUGGGUCAUUGUGGACAUGCUGGACGUGCUGGACAUCCAGGCUAACCUGUGGGAGCCCCAGAAGAAGGGGCUGCCACUCUGGGCUGAGGGCAUUAUGUUCUUCUACUGCUACAUCUUGCUCCUGGUCCUCCCUUGCGUGUCCCUCUGCGAAAUCAGCAUGCAAGGGAUUGGCAUCAUGCCUCACCGGAUGAUGCUGUACCCCAUGCUGAGCAUGCUCACUGUCAACAUUACCACCAUCUUCAUCCGAGGCAGCAACAUGCUUUUCUUCAGGGACGCCCGUGUCUCCAGCAUCUUCAUGGGCAAGAACUUGCUGGCCAUCGGGCUGAAGGUCUGCACGUUCGUGCAGUACCAGCAGCACCAGCACCACGCGCCCCCCGGGCCGGAGCAGGCCCCGCAGCACAGCUCCCAGGCCCAGCCCUCCCCGGGGCUGCACAAGGCGCGGGACCAGCCGGCCUGCCCCGAAGAGCUGGCCCAGGACAACACGUGACGAGCCAGCAGGGACCACAGCCUGGACACUGCCAUACCCGCGGGCCUGGGGCGGGCCGCUGAGCUUCCUGCCUGGACAGAGGGCAGUGGCCCUGCUCCCUCCCUCCCUGGGCAAAGCUGCUCUGGUCCUCAGGGGUCGCAUGGUGAGGGGCCCCUGCAGCAACUCCGUACGGCUGCAGAGCAGCUCAGGACCCCAGCACCCACUGAGCGAGAUGGGCAGAAUAGAGGAGGAUGAGGCCAGGUCUGCCUGCUGUGCCUGGCUGGAGCCAAGCAGCCCUGUCCUGUGCUGGGUUCCCCCCCAAGUGCUCCCCAUGCCCUCUGGCCAGGCAGGGCUCAGACUGGGGGUUGCACAGGGGCACUGCAGGUUGUGGUUGUCCCCAGCUCCAGCUCUGUGCUUGGUGACAGCCUGCUCCUGGUGCUGGGGAAGCAAGGCCUGGGCCUCCCCCUGCCCAUCACCCCUCUCAGCCAGCUCCAGGCCUGGGGGGCCCGAGGGGGGACUGUCCUUUUUCAUAUCUCCUUCUUUGCAAUAAAAGACCUGAGCCCUGCA